AUGUACAUCACCCUCUACUACAUAGUCACCCGGCUCCCUGACUCCCUUCGUGUAAUCAGGGACCACUUCCUCUCAGUUUGCCCCACCACUCUCACCGUUGACCUCCUCGAGAAGGCCCUCCUAGCAGCAGAGAAGAGCAUAGUCGCUGUAGGAGCCUCUCGUGGUGACCCUCGCACCCCCAUCUUUGAGGGUCGGUCGGCGCUGCGUUUGCCCCGAGCGGGAGACGCCGCACCGGCAAGGGCAAGGGGAGCAAGGGUGCUGGAGGGGCUGGCCGGGGUGGCGGAGGUGGCGGUGGAGGCAGUGGAGGGGGUGGGGGUGGUGGUGGGAGUGGUGGCGGGGGUGGAGGUGUCGGUGGCGGCAGUGGAGGCGAAGGCGGCGGCGGCGGUUGCGGUGGGAGCGGAGGUGGCGGAGGUGGCGGCGGUGGAGGCGGCGGCGGCGGAGGAGGUGGAGCUGGUCGGGGUGGAGCUGCGCAGAGGGUGA